AUGAACGGCUGGCUUGUCUUCGCCAUCAUCCUCAUCCUCUUGGUCUCCGGCACCUACUUUGGCUGGUACUUUUACGCGCGCUGGAACGCUUCGCGCAAUGGCCUUCCCCCGCCCUCAAUGAACCCCAUGGUGGCCUUUAGCAGCUCCAACGCCGAAGCCUCCAAUUACCCGGGCCCUGCUCCCACAGGCAUCAAGGGCUGGAUCGACACCCAAGUCCGCAAGUUCAAGAACCGCAACAACCGCUACACCACCGGCAGCGGCUACGAAGACACGGGCUAUGGCUCCCGCGGCGUCGGCGGCGGCCGCGGCGCAGGCAGCCGCCUCGAUCCCGACGAAGCGUGGAGUUCGCGCGUGGGCGACGAGGCAUACUACGAAGAACAAGAAUUGGGCCUUCACGACCCCCCACAUGCCGCCAACCAGUCUGCGAACCCGUUUGCCGGCGAACCCGCCCGUGGCCGCAGUCGCACCCGUGAGUCGUACGACGAGCAUCUCGAUGCUCACAGUGCUCGUAAUCCCUUUGGCGACGACGCGGCGGCGGCGGCUAGUCUGCGCGGCGUCAGCCCCAGACCCGUCAUGGACGCUGAUACGGGGUAUCAUGGUGCUGCGACGGCGGGCAAGUCUCGUGCGGAUCCACAUAAGAAGAGUGGGAGUCCAGAUAGUCAUCAUGAUAAGAGUCCUACGGAGAGUCGGAGGAGUGUCUUCAGGGAAGCAAUAUAA